AAAAAAAAAACGAAAAAAAAAAAACAAAAACAAAACACGACGAAAACCACAAAGAAAAAAAAAAAAAAAAAAAAAACACAAGACAAACGAAAAAAAAACACCCAAAAAAAAAGAAAAACAAACAAAACGAAAAAAAAAGAACAAAAACGA